AUGGGUGAUUUCUCGCAGCCGUUGAAAGACACCAUUGCGAGGAUAUUGAAAGCUGCCCAGGCCGCCGGAAAGUGGUCGGGCAUCUACUGCCCCGACGGCGAAUUCGCCAAACGUUACUCGGACAUGGGUUUCCGGAUGGUCUGCGUGACAAAUGACAUGACAGCCAUCCCCGUGUAUCUGGCCGAAUCUCUCGCAAAGGCCACCCGGUCAGCGCCUGGAGCGGUCAAAGGCGCGGCGGACAGAGCGGGCAAGUGA